AUGUGUGAUGGGCCAGAAAGUGUGCUACAAAUGUGGCAAGUUGGGACACUUUGCCAGGGAGUGCCUGAUAGCUCAAGGCUAAUGUCUGAAGGAAGAGUAUUUGCCCUCAAUAAGGAAGAGGCUCGUAGGUCACCCGAGAUGAUACAAGGUACAAUUAGUGUUAAUGAUUGCCUUGUGCAUGCUAUAUUUGAUUCGGGCGCCAGCCACUCCUAUAUCUCGUAUGAUUAUAUUAGGCACUUAGGCCUUACUAUUGAUGCUUUGCCACAUGAUCUUUAUUUUUCCACCCCUACUGAUGCUAAAGUUUUAACUUCUAGUGUGUGCUUAAAUUGCAUUGCUCGGUAUGCACAUUAUUGCAUUAUGUUAGACCUUAUAUGCAUUCUGUUCUAUGAUAUUGAUGUUAUUAUUGGCUUGACUGGUUAUCUUUGGAUAAUAUACUCUUCAACUGUAAGAACAAAACCCUAA